AUGCCUAGCAGCAGCAGCUUUGCUGCUGCUGCUGCUGCUGCUGCUGCUGCUGUUGCUGCUGAUGGUGGUCGGGUUGCUGCUGCUACAGAUCAGCUGGAGAGCUGCAGCAACACCAGCAGCAGCAGCAGCACUGUACGGAUACGAGGAGCUGCUGCUGCUGCUGCUGCUGCUCUUGCUGCAGCUGCUGCAGCAGCACCAGCUGCAGCAGCAGUUGCAGCAGCAGCAGCAGCUGCAGCAGCACCAGCUGCAGCAGCAGUUGCAGCAGCAGCACCAGCUGCAGCAGCAACUGUACGGAUACGAGGAGCUGCUGCUGCUGCUGCUGCUGCUCUUGCUGCAGCUGCUGCAGCAGCACCUGCUGCAGCAGCAGUUGCAGCAGCAGCACCAGCUGCAGCAGCAGCACCUGCAGCAGCAGUUGCAGCAAAAGCAGCUGCUGCAGCAGCAGUUGCACUACUGCAGCUGCAGCAGCAGUUGAAGCAGCAGCAGCAGCAGCAGCAGCAGCAGCAGCAGCAACUGCUGCAUCUCCUCUUUUUGUUGUUUGUCUGA